AUGGCUCAAACUCGGUCAGGAAGAGAGUCUAAACCCUCACUCAAAGCGAGGGAGGCUUUGGCAAACUCCCAAGCAGUAAAAAAGACCGUCAAAAAGAAGAGUCCCAAGGCAGAGCGUUCGGCAGAUGCAGAUGCUGGGGGAGGGUCUAAAGCUGCUGCUUCCGGGCGUACUUCGACGACUGGUUCAAAGCCGGAACAGAAAAACUCUGCCCCGAAAAAGCAGAACUCUGCACAACAAGCCCCAACUUCAGCAGCUAACCACAAUGAUAAGCAUAAAGAUACUUCAGAUUAUGAUGCACGUAAAGGCAAAGAUCGCCAAAGACUCGGGGAUCUGGCGACUGCCGAACUCAGUACCUCGAAAAGUGGCAAUCAGCGCAAAGCAAACUCGCCUCCAGAACGACCGUCUCUAGCUAAUGAUACGGCAGACCUCGCAGCGGAGCAUCCCAGCCCACCCAAGAAACAAAGUCUUCCGUCAAGGGAUUCUCAAAUUCCAAAAUCAAAGCCGAAAGGUGUGAAGGAGAGAACUAAGGUAAGGACGCCUCGGAAGAAGCAGAAUGGUACAAUGAAAAAUCAUCGUCCACUUCAAAAUACCGAGGACCCUAGUGACUCUAUGACUGAGGAGGUAAGUUCAAGCCCGAACAAUAGUAGCUCUUCAAAGCGAAACGGAAAGGCCCGAAUCAAGGAUACGACGUACCAACCAAGCACUUCAGUGGACAAUGACGACCACUGGUCGGAACCGUCUCCACAAUCAGAGACACAUGCCAGUAGUCGUCCGCAAGCUGACAGGAAGGAUCACGUGCACUUCAGACCACAUUGGAAAUAUGACAGGGAUCCUGGCAGUUACAGGAACAACCUGGGACCACCAAAUGAGAGGAACAAGAAGAUGCACAGGGAAAGGAACAUCGAAAGGAUCGAAGUGAAAAAACGAAAACGUAACAAAAAGACCGCUUCAACGCAGAAAAAGGCUGCGGAAAAGAAAACAAGAGAUCCAGAAGCAGUAGACACAAGGCGAGAUGAAGAGAAGUACAGCACAGUCCUAAAUGGCAGCGAUAUCAGGAAUUUGCGCCCUCGAAGUACAUCACCAAAGUUCAUAGGGGGGAAAACCAGACUGUACGGAGUAACCAUAGCAGAUGAGAAGAAAUUCGAGCCAAUAAGUUGUCGCACUAUCAUCUGGGCUAAGAAAGCCGAGGAGAUAGACACAGAUGAACAACGAGCUACAAAAUAUCGCAGGCGUGUCUCUUUUCAAGAGCCUCUGGAAUCACCACCGUCGAGAAAUACACAGCGUCAUCCUUCUAACCCAGUGGUCAGACUUCCCAGCCCGUACACAGGUUCCAGCAUCAAUCCCAGAAAGCGAAGAGCUGAUGCUCCUACCCCUUUAGAAUUGAUGGCCCCUCAGCCAAAACGCCGUCGCAGCGGGCACGACAAGGCCCAGACACCAAGCCCUAACCAACGACGUCGAGACAAUGAGCGCGAAUGGGAGGACGAUGCCGUGGAUUAUGCUAUUGUUUAUUCUCCUGGCGUGAGCUCUUCAUCGUCAAUGAUGGACAAGAAAAUAAAAUCCAUUAAUCGGAAGAUGGCUAACAAACUUGGGAGAGAGGAAAAAGAAAAGCAGGACGUGAAGGCUCAAAAGGAGGUGGCAAAGAAGGCUGAGGCUGAGGCUGAGGCUGCUGCGAGUGAUGAACACGGCAAUAACGACGCUGCUGUCGACGUCGAAGAGACCACCACAGUGCUAAAGAGUAGACGUAAAAUUGAGGUCUCGAAGACUGUAAAGCGAAAGACUUCGUCAUCAUCACCAUCCCAACAUGAGAGGCCACAGCGAGUUCGGAAGCCGCCUAAUAAAUCCAAUCAGGGGAAGUCGAAGACCAAAGACCGUACGACGCCAUGA